CCGGCCUGUGGGCAGCCACGCGCCGGCCGUGGUCGGGCCCCGCCCCCCGGUGGCGGCCAGCAGCGGCCGGCGCAGAGCCCAGCACCGCGCCGCGCGCCACAGCCGCACGUAGCCUGUGCUCGCCGCCAUGGCCCGGCCAUACUGGGGGCGCGCGGGAAUCGCGUCAUUUCCGCUCUCCGGGCCGCGGCGCACGUGACGCCUGGCGCGUGCCGCGGCCCCGAGGAGGGCGUGGCGCUAGAAGCCACGCCUCUAGGAGGGGCUUGCGGUGGGCGGGGCAACUCCGUCGGCCUCCCACCUCACGCGCGGCAGAGCUUUCGGGUCACCGGGAAAGCUGUAGAAAGAACUGAUGCUGCAAGCCUUUGAGAACUUGUGGGCUCCCUGUGCACGCGCUUAGGGGAGCGGGUGACAUGCGAAUGGCCAAGCUCUGGGCCGUGAAGUUGCAUUCGAACUUCCCAGGAGACAGGACGCGCAUGCCCACAAUGACGGGCCCUGCGAGCCCAGGAUCCAGUCGCGCAUGCUCAGAAUCCAGGCCACGCAGGGUGCUGCCAUGUGCGCAUGCCCAGGCACGGGAGCCCCCAGGCUGGUCUACGCACGCCCUCUCUGUGGAGCUAGUGCCCGAGGCGGUUGUAGGGCGGUGGUAGCCGUGUCCAGCGAGAUGCUGGUGUGGACGCUGGUGGUGGCGGCGGCCGCGCGGCUCUGGGCGCCGGUCGGAGCUAGUCAGCUGUGCCGGAUUCGCACGGUGAGGACAGGAAAAGUGUUUAACGUCAUUCAGCAAGUCCAAGGGGAUGUGCUGUAUUUUCAGUCUGGAACCAGGUUGAUUAAACAUGCUUGUGAUAAAAACAUAGCACUGUAUCUAGGAAAACACGUUUUUCUCACGAAAGACAACUUUGAGAGUAGUCUCCUUCCACUCACCAUCCCUACAUCCAUGACGGUGGGCGUGCCAGAAGUGACAUCAGCACAUUUUGCCAACGCGUUACUGCUGUUGGUAGUGAAUGGAAAAGUCUAUACUUAUGCCUACAAGGAGGAUGUCUGGCAGACGGCGACAGGUAUUCAGCAUCCCGUUUCACACAUCUCUGGUGACAAUUGUUGUUUUGUUGGAAACACCUUUUGCACGGAGAUAAACAAUUCCAUUUUUGCAUAUUCGCGUGGAGAACAGGUAUCGCAGACCACUAUUUAUUCCUCCGAAAACGGGGGAAUAAGUUUCACCAAUUUUACCUUCAAAAACCAGGCGGGACUGGCCGGGUCUUUAGGGGGAAUCUUCUACUUCCAUUCCUUGUCACAGAUCGGGCUGCUGCUCGUGAACAGUGGGAAGGGCCUGUUCGUGUACUCGGAGCAGCCCCUGGACCGGAGCCCGGGGCUGGCUUUCAGCUACGACCAGCCCCUGGACGUCUUCCUCUGCCCCGGCCUGAGAGGCUUUCUGAUCCUCUGGUCUGAGAAGACCCUCUUGGUUUCCCCCAACUCAGGUCAGCUCUUCGAAACUGUCCAGGUGCACAAAGGAUCCCAGGUUCUGUCCACUUCCAUCUCCAGACUCAACAUCUCCAUCCACAGCAUCACUGCCAAUGAGCACACGCUGGCCGUGCUGACCAAGGAGGACGCUCUGUACUUCGGGAGUCUGGAAUUCCUGUCCAACUCCAUCAUCCAGCUGCCCGAGGGCUCCGUCUGGUUCCCAGAGGCGGUGCUGAUGUUCUCCGGGGUGGGGAUGCUGGACAUCCUGACGCCGCUUCCCGACGCCGCCUUCCCCACCUUCGACAUGCAGAAGUGCGCGCUCAACGUCCAGGCCGCCCUCAUGGACCCCGUCCUCCAGGUGAAAGAGUGCAAGAUAGAACUUCUGGAAAGCACAUUAGAAUCUGAGAUGUACACCAUUGACAUGAACAGCAAACUGAAUUUGUCCUUCACAUUGAUACCCCGGCUGGGCAUGUCCCCCAUUCCACUGGUGAUGGUGAGCAACCCCUACUCCCUGGGGCUGCAGGCCUCCAUCUACGAGGAGGCUGACAACACCUUCGAGGGCAACAUCGUGUACAAACUGGACAUUGACCUCAAGCAGCAGCACCACUCGGGCAGGGCCUCCCCCAACUUCACCUCCAGCAUAAGGCGCCCCACGAUCUCCACUUUGACUGUGGACAUAGCCAACAGGGAGAUUUCGUGUGUGGACAUGAAGCCACAGUCGAUGCUCAUUUCUGUGGGUUGUGAUCUGGAAAAGAAGAUCGUUGUGCAGAACAAAAUCUCAGCCUGCUCCAAGGGCAUCCUGAACCCCGUGGAGCUCCAGAAAAACUACUCCUACGUCAUCGAGAAGGAAUUCUACGACUCCAGCUACCAGGGGCAGCGGUCCGACGAGGACCUGGUGGUGCAGUACUCGUACAAGGACCUGGGCUGCCCGCGACUCGUCUACUACGACACCCCCUGGAAGCCCGUGAUCGAGCUGUGGCGGAAGUCGGACUUCCAGGAGGUGGUGAGCGCCGAGUACGUGCUGCUGGAGGUGAACGGGGUGUUCACCUACUCCUACGCCAUGACCGCGGGCUCCGCCUCGUGCCUCAGCCAGCCCCAGAACUGGACCAGCGUCCUGGAGACGUCCUCCAAGAAGGGACCCUUCUCCUGGAACAGAGAGAACUACAUAAGCUGCCGCGACAGCAGCAGCAACCUCACUGCCUUGGAGUGGCCCGAUGUCCAGUACCAGGUCCUGGGGGGCCUAACGGACAACGAGAUCAUCUUCGACCAAAGGAACGGGUUCUACAUCUUCCACCUGUCCAUCGUGGACCCCUACUACAGCUACUGCCAGCUGGAGACCACCUUCAGCAUCUACGUGUACGGGGCCUACCCGCGCAGAGCCAUCCCGCCCGAGGCCGCCAUCGUGCUGCUCGUGAGCGGCCUCCUGCUGGCCGUAUGGCUGGCCCACCUCGUCCUGCACACCAAGGAGGGCCACAGGUGCCAACAGUGCUGUGCCAGCCUGUGCUGCUGCGGCUGUGCCAGGGCCAGGCACCGAAGCCCCGCCCCGCCAGGGCUGAGCACGGGGCCUCGGAGUAAAGCGUCAGACUGAGCAGGCAGCAGGCGCCUUCUUCCCACUCCCCGCCGGCAGGAGUCGCCGUGGGUCUUGCUGGGGGUGGAACCCAGAGGGCCCAGGCCGGGAGGGUGCUCUGCCUUGGGGACACACCCCGGUCCUUUUUCUUUUUCCUUUGGUACCGGGGAUUGAACUCA